GACUAGUUUAGAGGACUAGUCCAGGUUUAGGAGACUAGUUUAGAGGACUAGUCCAGGUUUAGGAGACUAGUUUAGAGGACCAGUUCAGGUUUAGGAAACUAGUUUAGAGGAUUAGUCCAGGUUUAGGAGACUAGUUUAGAGGACUAGUCCAGGUUUAGGAGACUAGAUUAGAGGAUUAGUCCAGGUUUAGGAGACUAGAUUAGAGGACUAGUCCAGGUUUAGGAGACUAGUUUAGAGGACUAGUCCAGGUUUAGGAGACUAGUUCAGAGGAUUAGUCCAGGUUUAGGAGACUAGUUUAGGAGACUAGUCCAGGUUUAGGAGACUAGUUUAGAGGAUUAGUCCAGGUUUAGGAGACUAGUUUAGAGGACCAGUCCAGGUUUAGGAGACUAGAUUAGAGGAUUAGUCCAGGUUUAGGAGACUAGAUUAGAGGAUUAGUCCAGGUUUAGGAGACUAGUUUAGAGGACUAGUCCAGGUUUAGGAGACUAGUUUACAGGACUAGUCCAGGUUUAGGAGACUAGUUUAGAGGACCAGUCCAGGUUUAGGAGACUAGUUUAGAGGAUUAGUCCAGGUUUAGGAGACUAGUUUAGAGGAGUAGUCCAGGUUUAUGAGACUAGUUUAGAGGACCAGUCCAGGUUUAGGAGACUAGUUUAGAGGACUAGUCCAGGUUUAGGAGACUAGUUUAGAGGACAAGUCCAGGUUUAGGAGACUAGAUUAGAGGAUUAGUCCAGGUUUAGGAGACUAGUUUAGAGGACCAGUCCAGGUUUAGGAGACUAGUUUAGAGGAGUAGUCCAGGUUUAGGAGACUAGUUUAGAGGAUUAGUCCAGGUUUAGGAGACUAGUUUAGAGGACUAGUCCAGGUUUAGGAGACUAGUUUUGUGGACUAGUCCAGGUUUAGGAGACUAGUUUAGAGGACCAGUCCAGGUUUAGGAGACUAGUUUAGAGGACUAGUCCAGGUUUAGGAGACUAGUUUAGAGGACUAGUCCAGGUUGAGGAGACUAGUUUAGAGGACUAGUCCAGGUUUAGGAGACUAGUUUAGAGGAUUAGUCCAGGUUUAGGAGACUAGUUUAGAGGACUAGUCCAGGUUUAGGAGACUAGUUUAGAGGACUAGUCCAGGUUUAGGAGACUAGUUUAGAGGACCAGUCCAGGUUUAGGAGACUAGUUUAGAGGACUAGUCCAGGUUUAGGAGACUAGUUUAGAGGACUAGUCCAGGUUUAGGAGACUAGUUUAGAGGACUAGUCCAGGUUUAGGAGACUAGUUUAGAGGACCAGUCCAGGUUUAGGAGACUAGUUUAGAGGACUAGUCCAGGUUUAGGAGACUAGUUUAGAGGACCAGUCCAGGUUUAGGAGACUAGUUUAGAGGACUAGUCCAGGUUUAGGAGACUAGUUUAGAGGACUAGUCCAGGUUUAGGAGACUAGUUUAGAGGACCAGUCCAGGUUUAGGAGACUAGUUUAGAGGACUAGUCCAGGUUUAGGAGACUAGAUUAGAGGACUAGUCCAGGUUUAGGAGACUAGUUUAGAGGACUAGUCCAGGUUUAGGAGACUAGUUUAGAGGACUAGUCCAGGUUUAGGAGACUAGUUUAGAGGACUAGUCCAGGUUUAGGAGACUAGAUUAGAGGAUUAGUCCAGGUUUAGGAGACUAGUUUAGAGGAUUAGUCCAGGUUUAGGAGUCUAGUUUAGAGGACCAGUCCAGGUUUAGGAGACUAGUUUAGAGGACUAGUCCAGGUUUAGGAGACUAGAUUAGAGGACUAGUCCAGGUUUAGGAGACUAGUAUUGUGUCAUGUGAUGAACUUCUCUUCAGCUCCUCCACUCCAUGAUUUCUGUUCAUCAGUUCCUUUGAGGUCACAAACUCCUUCAAUCUUCUCUCAGGUGGAGGAGACGGUUGAAGACGCAGAGGAGGAUGAGGAGGAGUGGGAGGACGCCAGUGAUGGAGAAGAUGACCAUGAAGAGGAGGAGGAGGAGAGCGACUCCGAGCCCGACUCCAGGGGAGAUGAGAAGAAGGACAAAGGGAAAGAGAAACCCGCCAAGGCCAAAGGCAGCAAUCCACCGUCCCCCGCACACAGACCAGGACCGCCAUCAGCAGGAGGCGCCAAAGAGCAGCGGACCCCCAGACCCAAGGUCCACAUUCCCGCCCCCACAGCAGUGCAGGAGUCUCCAGAAGGAGGGAAGCCCCUCAGCCCCUUCUCCCCUCUGGACAGCCACCAGCCCGUGUCUGACUGGGGGGAGGAGAUGGAGAUGCUGUCACCUCGGAGCAGCAUGGGGGGGGAGAGCCCGCUGAAACCCCCCAGUGUGGAGUCCAGCCCGCCCCAGAAGAAAGACCAGGAGGAAAAGGAGGAGGAGGAGGAGGAGGAGAAGGAGAAGAGCCAAGCUCCCAGCUCCAGUGAGCAGACAGAGCCCCAGAGAGACGGGGGGACAGGUAGGAGACCGGACCCCAGACCCCCGACAUGGUCUGAGGGGGAGGGUGUUUGAUCCACGUCAGCUUCAAGUCUGAGGGUGGAGUUCUCC